UCUGUUCUGAUCUACCUCUGUAACAGAGAAACUUCAACUUCGGGUUGGGAGCGACACCACUGUACCUAAACAGCAACAACGAAGAUGCUCCAUUUGGUGCUGUUCUACAAGAACCCAUUGCUCCACACGUCACUUUCCCUCAUCAUUGCCUUCACCUUCGCCUUCUUCAAAAUCCCAAUCCUCUUCCUCUACGGCCUCCAAACCUACAUCCACCCCGAUUCCCAACCCCAAACCAAUGGCCUAAGAGCCGCCAUUCGCCGCCCCGGCAUCGACGGUUACCAACCCCUGUCUUCCAAAACUGCUUCUGAACUCAAAAAGAGGAACAAGCCUAAGGAUUUUGAUGAAAACAAUGCUCAGAUCUUCAGACUCAAGCUCGACUAUGCUCACCUUCAAUCUCGUCUCUUCAUCGAUCAGUACUGUGUCGCUUUCACUCUCUCCUUUGCGGCCCUUUCUUCUCUCUUGCUUCACUACUUCUUGGAUUCGACGCAGAAUCGUGGGUUCUUCUCCAACGGUGUUUUCGUUCCGAUUCUGUUAUCAAUUUUGAGUCUUUACACGUGGGGAAACCUGCUUGUUAAGGUCACGUUUGAGAGAUCCGCGUCCAGGAGGUCUGAGAAGCAAUUGAGUAUUGUUUUUGAGGUUUUGGGGCUUUUCUUAGGGCUUUUGCUUGUUCCUGAGGGUGUUUCCUUGGUUUUGGACUUUCGUUUUGCGGUACCUUUUGAUGGGUUUUGGAGGGUUUUCGUAGCUGCAUUGAUGGGUUGCCUUGCGGGUUUUCUGUUUAUUCCUGCUUCUAGAAGUGCGCGUUCCUUUUGGCUUGGAACUGAUCAACUUCGUUGCAAUUUGUCAAUGAUAACUUGUGGGUGGUUUACACGUGUGAUCCUGUAUGUGAAUCAAAUGCUUGUUAUUUUUGUGGCUUUGUUGUGGAUUAUCCCUCUGGCUGAGAUUUUUGUGAACACAAACUAUGGUAGCAACAGUAAGGGAGGUAGUGUGACAAGGAGUGGAUUUGGUGAUGCAGAGAGAUUGGUGGGGAAUGUGGGGCUCUUGCCUUCUGAUUUUGGUAACUUCAGGCGCUGGUGCUUGUUGGGAUCAAGUUUGUUGCAGAUUGUGGCGUUAAGGCCGAACCUGCAAAUGUAUCUGAAUGAAGCUUUGCUGUCUUGGUACCAAAGGCUUCAUGCUAGCAAGGUUCCUGACUUGGAUUAUAGUAGGGCAAAGAUGUUUCUGCAUAAUCACUACUUGUGCCUUGUGGUUUUGCAAUUCCUUGCCCCUCCUGUGCUGGUACUUCUCUUCCUUGGUUUGUCUCAGAUUGAUGGUCUAUCCUUUGGAAAUUUUCCGUUGUUAAGUGAUUUAUUGCCCAGCUUUGCUUACUUCAAGGAAGUUGCUUUGUUUUUGGCUUGGUGGGUAACUUUCCUCUGGGCACUAUUCUCUUCAGUGAUCAUUAUGCUGCAUCGCCAUUGCAUUCUAUAUGUUUCUUGAGCCUUUGUAUUCCUGAGGACGAUUUUAUUGGGCCUUUCAGUGAGCCUUUUAUUGCAACACGAAUACUUUUAUAAAAUUUUGAGAGGAGUGUUGGACUUGUAGCAGAAGUUUUGCCGGUUAGUUGACACUAUCAUUGUUUAGGUAACCUCAGAUUUUCAAAUAUAGCUGUGAGUUGUAUGUUGAUGUUGAAGUUAUUUGACAUAAGAAUCAUAUACAAUAAACUGACUAUAGAAAAGCUAAAGUUGUAUGAAAUUUCACAUUCCCUUCAAAAUAUCAUGCAGACUUACAUGUGUUG